AUGUUUGACAUUCAGCUAUUGAAACUGUUCCCCGUAGAGGUAAUCUACAAGAUUCUUGAUCAAGAUUUCUUAUCACUCCGUGAUGUGUCAAAUUAUUUGUUCAACAAAUCUACUCAUUCCGUAGCACAGCAGAUCUUGAAUGAAAGAUGCUUGGCUCAUAUAUGUGUCGGCAAACGGCGCAAUUACGAAAGUGUCAUAACUUCGCUUUAUGACAACGAAGUUAAACGUGGUCCUCAUUACUGGCACGUUUACUAUAAUUUUACAAACAGUUUGCAGUUUGCCAACUGGUUAUCUACUCAUAACCAAUUUGCAAACUUUACAAUUCAAAUAUUUAUUGACCAGUUUGAAAUUGAACAGUUGAGGGUACUAAAGCUAUUACAGGGCAAAAAUUUGAAGAUAUACUUGAAUUGGGAAGACGAGGACUCAAACACUGUACUGAAGUUUUCGCAUGUUAUUUGGCCUAGCUUGGGUGAAAUAUUUGAUCUCGUUAAUAAUAGAGUUAAGUUGGUUUUGGAAUAUGAGAAUGUCAUUGAUUUACCAAUGACUUUUGAUUUGGAUAAUUUGGUUUCUUUUGAAUGGAGAUACUACUAUUCAACGGGACAACGAAUAGAAUUGGCUUCAGGAUUAAAUACUGCUCAUAAUACCUUGGAAAAAAUUAUCAUCAAUAGUAUGAAUAGAAUGCCGUUGGAUAUAGUUUUAAACACACCUUUCCCAAACUUGACUGAUUUUAUCGUAAAGAGUCCACUUAGUGAACCACAAGGUACAUGUAGGCUCUUACUGAAAUGUCCCCGCUUGAAGACGUUAGUUUUGCAUAGUACCUAUUUUGGAGAUAUAGCAGGGUUUCUUCAAAGUGUUGCCCCUACCGGUUUACAAAAAUUGAAAACUUUGGAAUUGUGUAAUAAUCGGUUGGGCCACAUUGAGGGUAUCGAUUUUAGUCGAUAUUUUCCAUCAUUACAAAACUUGACAAUAAAAUUUGAAAAUGGAAGUCCUCACCAUAGAUUUGAGUUUAAAAACAUUGUUUUACCGUCAACUCUUCGAACCUUAAACUUACAAGCAAAGAGAUUGAUUAGCUUUAACGUCAUUAAAGGUCCCUCCUAUUUAUUCAAGUUGGACUUGUCCUACAAUAAUCCAGUUAGCUAUAAAUUUGACAAUACUUUUGAAGAAAUUUCAAUCUUAAAUUUGUCAUACAAUAGACUGAUUUUAUCUUCAAUAUAUCGAUUCGAUUUAUUCCAUAUUGCCGAUUUUAUAUUUUUUAAAGUUGAAGAACUCCAUUUGCAAGGAUGUAAUAUCAAUAAUGAGGAUUUAGAGGCCCUUGCGUCAAAGUAUCAUUACACUACCAAUGACUCCACAACUUUCCCAUUACCACUUUGCAAACUAAGGAAACUAAACUUGUCAAAUAAUAAAUUAACAAACUUGCGGUGUUUCAAUAACCAUCUUUUUCGAAACAUGAAAAGCUUAACCUAUCUCGAUUUAUCAUUUAAUGCAUUUUAUUACUUGAACGAUGAUAAUUUUCCAUUAUUGUGUGAAAAUUAUCCUAAUUUGUUAACUAUCAAUUUGACAGGAAACUCAAGAUUGAAUAGCGUUAAGUUGAAUGAGGGUUAUCCUAAAUUGGAAACAAUGUAUACUCCUGUCAAACAAAACUAUUAA